UAUCAAGUAUUCAGGUUUGAUUGAUAAACUCAGAGAAGAGAUAGACUUCUGGCAUGGAGAAUCAUGUUCCUUUUCCAAGAAAGUCGUCUCAUCUUGGUUCAAUCCAUGCUCUCCGCAAUCCCUCUCUCUUCCACCUUACGUCGCUCGACCCACCGCCAUGGGUGUCCAUGGCUAUCGAUAAAAAGCGGUGUGAUCUCAUCUGGAAAGUGACGGAAACAGCCGAAGGAGGACAUUGUCUGGUCAGUUGCAAACACGUUUGUCAUCCGAAGAUCCUUGGUGGGCUCGGCAUACUCGUUCUGGAAAUCAUGAACUCAACACUGAAAAUUUGAUGGGCUUGGAGGUUGCGUACGUCUGAAGAUCGAGCUGCAACUUACUUGCAACUCCUCUUGAUGGUCGAGGACGACAUAUCCUCAAUGCUGCAAAACCUUCUAUUGGACCGACAGAUGGUUGAAGAAAUUGCUGUUGACAUCUUCCCCUCUGUCUGUUCCAUUAGGCCAAGCAAAGAGGAGAGUUGCUGAUGCUCUGGUUCAUAACAGUUGGGUCAAAAGAUAUUAGGCAACAAAUUAAAUUAGGGUUAUCAUGCAAAAUACUUGGGCCCUGGGAAAUAUUAUCUGACAUCCAACUCAGUCCCAACAGGAGCGAUUCUUGAAAGUGGUUUUGGGAGCCUGAAGGGCGUUUUCUCAGGAAAAUCAGUUUACAAGUCCUUUUUCAGAUGCAAUGUGUUUACUUUACUCCCUAAUAUCAACUGGUGGCCCUCAACUUUAUAGAGGAAGAACUCAACUGGUGGCUCAUUUUGGUCUUGUAGAGCAUUUAGGUAUUCAGUGUUUCAGUGUUUGUGCAGAUUGGUCUACUGGAACGCCAAGUCCAGACGUUUCUUCCAUUUCUUCAUCCAGCUCCUACUAAUAUAUGUUCAAGAGUUUUCUGAUAGAACUCAGGUUUUGAGCGUAAAAGAAAAUGACCCAUCCAACCUCACCUAAUUUCAUGACUUCGAUAUUGUCAUUUACUCCAAUAUAUUUUCUUCAGGAAUCUGUUGAUAGUACUCAUUUAUGAGAUGAUAACACUACAUUAUAGGUGGGGAUACAGAACCAGAAGCUGUUAAUUUUGAAAAGAUAAUUAUCCUCCAAUUUUACAGAUAUUUAAUAUAUUUGUUAAAGACCAUCCAGAAAAUCGAAAAAUACCAUGUAUCUUUUCCCCUACACCCCGCACCAUAAACCCGGGUAGAUACAUUACCCACAUUCAUUCCUCCAUCCCACAUAAUCUUAUCAUAUCUUCCAGAUUUAACAGAAGUUAAACUCAUUAAUGUGUUACCAGAUGCGCUGAAUUUAUCAACUGAUUAAUAUAUGCCAAAAAGAAGACACAACACAUUAAUUGUCCGUGUUGUAUAAAGAUUGCCCGGUGAUUGAUCCUAUUCUGGCAUUGCCAUCAUCUUCAUCGUAUAGUUGUGUGGCUUGAGCCUCGACGAAUGGCGUCAUUCACAAAUCUCUCGGUAGCACUUCUCUUGCUCACCAUCCUCUUUCCUACACUCGCACUAUGCUAUAUCAAUCCAGCUGCCACAAGCGUACACCAAAAUGCCACAAAACCCUCUGCUUAUCAUGCUUACAUCGUGCUCGUCGAGCCACCACGCUCAAAUGCCGGCGAAGACGCCCAUCGCCAGUGGCACAAGUCUUUCUUGCCGAGUUCGUUGACGGGUGAGUCCAACGAGUCGCGCCUUCUCCAUUCCUACACCGAGGUGUUCAGUGGCUUCGCCGUGAGGCUCACCGACGCCGAGCUCGAUUUGGUGGCCAAGAAGCCAGGGUUUGUGCGUGCAUUCCCCGACCGGACCCUGCAGCUAAUGACCACCCACACGCCAGAGUUCCUUGGACUAAGGAACGACACCGGGUUUUGGAGCCAGGCUGGCUACGGGAAGGGAGUCAUCAUUGGACUGCUCGACACCGGCAUCUAUGCGACACACCCUUCUUUCAAUGACCAUGGAGUUCCACCACCCCCAGCAAGGUGGAAGGGCUCAUGCAAGGCGGCCCGGUGCAACAACAAGCUCAUCGGUGCCAAGUCAUUCAUCAAGGGUGUUGACUCUGGCGACGAAGAGGGACACGGAACGCAUACCUCGUCCACGGCAGCCGGGAACUUCGUCACCGGCGCGUCAUACCAUGGUGUGGGAAAGGGCACCGCAGCCGGAAUUGCUCCUAGCGCACACAUCGCCAUGUACAAGGUAUGCGACAGUAGAGGCUGCGAGGAAUCCGCCGUACUGGCCGGCCUAGAAGAGGCCAUCAAGGAUGGGGUGGACGUGCUCUCGUUCUCCCUUGGUGGCACCAUGAGUCCCAUCUAUGAUCAAGACCCCAUCGCUAUCGGCGCGUUUAGUGCUAUGUCCAAGGGCAUCCUCAUGGUGUGUGCCGCAGGUAACGAUGGUCCGGAUCUGUUCUCGGUCACCAAUGUCGCCCCGUGGUUGCUCACAGUCGCCGCCGGCUCCGUAGACCGGAGCUUCGGUGCCGGUGUGAAUCUUGGCAAUGGCAAGAUCAUCGAUGGAGAAGCGCUUACCCAGAAAGCGAGUCCGAGCUCAAAGUCACACCCUCUCGUCUACUCCGAGGAACGGCGGUACUGCAAUUACAGUGAUGACAGUGGCAUCACCGGUAAGAUCCUGGUCUGCGAGAACACGAAGUCGGAGACUCAACAGUCCAACGUCCGUAGAAUAGUGGGUGCUGGUGCGUCCGGCGUGGUGUUGUUCAACGACGAAAUCAGUGGCUACACCACCAUUGUUCAGGAUUACAACUCCAGUGUUGUACAGGUGACCGCAUCCGACGGUGGCAUCCUCAAAGCUUACGCCGCGUCGUCGAAGAGCAGCUUUGUGGCCUCUCUCACGUACAACAACACAUUGUUUGGUGUCCGCCCGGCCCCUGUCGUGCCUUUUUUCUCUUCCCGGGGUCCAAGCUUCACCAACCUCAACAUCCUAAAGCCGGACAUAUUGGCACCGGGGCUCAACAUCCUCGCUGCAUGGCCGCCAAGCACGGCCUCCGGACAGGGCCCUUUCAACAUCAUAUCAGGCACAUCCAUGGCGACGCCCCACGUGAGUGGUGUUGCGGCGCUUAUUAAAAGCAUCCAUCCCGACUGGUCGCCGGCCGCCAUCAAGUCUGCUAUCCUGACGACGUCGGACAUCGUUAAUAGCACUGGCGGCUCAAUCUUGGACGAGCAGCAUCGAAAGGCCAGGGUGUUCGACACAGGCGCCGGCCAUGUGAACCCGGCGAGAGCCGCCGACCCUGGCUUGGUGUACGACCUCAGCGUCACUGAGUAUGCCGGCUACAUCUGCUGGUUCCUCGGUGACAGCGGCCUAGCAACCAUCGUGCGCAACUCGAGCUUGACCUGCGGGAAGCUGCCCAAGGUCCAGCACGCGCAGCUUAACUACCCGACGAUAACUGUGUUGGUUUCAUCGACUCCGUUCACAGUGAACCGAACUGUGACGAACGUUGGGCCAGCGGAUUCGACAUUCAAGGCCAAGGUGGACGUGCCGAGGCCUCUGACGGUGCGUGUCUCCCCGGAGACGCUGUCAUUCUCCAAAGCCGGAGAGAAGAAGACCUUCAGCAUGUCUGUGAGCGGCGACCUGGGCAAGGAAGUACUGUAUGUGGAGGGAAGCUUGAGCUGGGUAUCGGAGAGGCAUGUCGUGCGGAGCCCCAUCGUCGCUCUUCCGGCCUCAUCACCAUGAAUGAUGUACGUGCCGCGAGGUCACUAGAUGUUUUAUUUCUUCCUGUUUAAGUCAUCUUCAGCAUUUCUUUUGCGUCAACAUAAUAAUAAUAAACAGUAGCAAUGGAAGAAAAACUUGCAUUAUGAUUUA